AUGGCUGCCGGUAAUGACGCCGUGACAAACACGACUGGAAACGCACCAGCAUCAAGCAAAACCGAAGCAAACGGCGCAAACGAAGCUCACGCGCCACCAGAGACGAACGGCACAUCGACCAACGGAUCCUCCGACGAUGCGACAACGGCUCAGGAAGAUGGCGAGGCAGCAGGGCAGCCGGUGGAUAAUGUCUUCCAGCUUACCAUCAAGCUGCCUCAUGCGCCAGGGCAGACACAGAUAAUGGUGUCCAGUCAAGAGCAGGUGCAGGACAUUCGCCAAUCAAUUGUGGACACAUCGCAUACUUUCCAGUACUCUUGCUUCCACCUCGAGCACAAGGGCAAGCGCAUCAACGACUUUGUUGAACUGUCAGAGGUCGAGGACAUUGUGGCAGACCCAGUAUGCACGCUGGUGGAGGACCCAUACACCGAGGCGCAGGCGCGGAUGCAUGUUGUGCGCGUGAGGGAGCUCAUCGGAGCUGCUGGAGAUAGGACAGACCUGGUGACUGGAAUCGACGCGGGCACCAGCUUGUGCGAUAGCGUGGAGCUUCCUAGCAGCAACAGCAAGGACGAUGGAACCAACCCAGUGAGCCAGUACGAUCUCAACGCGCCAGGAUCGAUAUCCACUCUGCUACCGCGUCAGCGAGAGCCUGCGCCAAAGACUGUGAAGAGCAUAUCACUGUCAGUCUGGAAUCCUCCUCCCUACAACCUGCGAGACCGAGGCCACCUGCUCUAUCUUCAGGUCGUGACCAACGAAGGCGAGCAGCACUACAUUACCUCGCACGUCUCUGGCUUCUACGUCAACAAGUCUACGAACAACAAGUUUGACCCUGCACCACGCAGCUCACCCAAAUCUGCUUCAGAGCACUCUCUCAUCAACCUCCUUGCCAAGAUCUCACCUUCUUUCGAUGCGUCGUUCAGGCGUCUGCAAGAGUACAACGGCCAGAGAGAUCCUUUGGCUUCGUACCAAUUGUCGAACAGCAUUCCUGCAGCACCUUGGCUCGUGUCGCCUUCGACUGUUCAAAACCACCAAGCUGAUCUUACACGAACUCAGGAGGCGUAUCUGCUUGCUGGAGCUGAGAAUGCAGAGACUCUUCGUGACUGGAACGAGGAAUUUCAAUCGACCCGGGAACUGCCUAAGGAGACUGUCCAGGAUCGGGUAUUCCGCGAACGACUUACCAGCAAGCUCUUCGCCGAGUACAACGAGGCCGCUGUACGUGGUGCAUGUCUGGUCGCAAGGGGUGAGGUCCAGCCUUUGAACCCUACCGAGGCGAGGGACGCUCAAAUCUUCGUCUACAACAACGUCUUCUACUCAUUCGGAGCAGACGGUGUUGGCACUUUCGCCAGCGAUGGCGGUGACGAAGCAGCACGCGUUGCUACAGGUAAGGAUGUGCAGGGUGUCAAGGCUGUGAACCAACUUGACAUCAAUGGCCUCUUCACACCUGGUACCGUUGUCGUCGACUACCUCGGUAAGCGUGUCGUUGGUCAGAGCAUCGUUCCAGGCAUCUUCAAGCAGCGAGAACCUGGUGAGCACCAGAUCGACUAUGGAGGUGUCGAGGGUAAAGAUGUGAUCGCGACUCACAAGUCAUUCGUGCAGCCCUUCAGCGAGCUUAGUAAGGCUAUGCGCGUGAAGAAGCAUGCGGUCUGGGACAAGGAAUUGAAGAAGCAUGAUCUCGAAGCCAGUGUAGAGACAAAGGGUCUGCUUGGUACUGAUGGACGCAAGUAUGUGCUCGAUCUUUACAGAGUUACACCACUGGACGUCGCAUGGCUCGAGAAGCACCGAGGAGACGACCAGACAGACGAGAACCGCUACCCACACCGGAUGACAGUGCUGCGAUCGGAGCUUGUUGAUGCUUACCGGAUCGUGAAGAUGCGGGAGUACGUGUCUAAAGAGUUGGAGAAGAAGCGAGCCGAGGAGGCACAGGCCAGUGCCGGUGCUGAGAAGUCGCUCACACAUGGAGAUCACGAGAAGGAGGCAAACGGCGACGCCGUUGCUAAGAAGGAUGACGAAGAAGAAACGAAGCCAGCACAGCCAGAGCAAGAGACUGUGGACGUUUCGGGCUUCUCCUUCACCCUCAACCCAGAUGUCUUCAGCGGACAGCAGCCUCAAUCAGAAGAAGAGAAGGCGGAAUGGGAACAGGAUGAGGCUUUGGUACGCACAGUGUGCGAGUACUUAACAGCUGAGGUCAUCCCACGACUUGUCCACGACCUACAAGAAGGCGAUGCAGGCUUUCCAAUGGACGGUCAAAGCAUGGUCCGGGAAAUGCACCGACGGGGUAUCAAUGUUCGCUACAUUGGUGAGCUUGCUCGCCUGUGCGCCGAGAAGUCCGACAACAAGAGAUUGCAAGCUUUGAAGCAGGUCUGCCAGCAAGAGAUGGUGGCACGAGCUUUCAAGCAUAUCCUCAACAAGCAGCUUCGCAAGCUGCCACCGUGCUUCGCUCAAAGCUGCGUUGCGCACUACCUCAAUUGCCUGCUUGGUCGUGAGCUCAACGGCUCUCCAAAGGCCGAGACUGAGGAAGAGCUCAAGAGCUUGUACCCAGACGUGUCGUUUGACUACGAGAAGGAGACACCAGAGGCGCUGGACAAGGAGAUUGGGCGGCAAAUAUCGCUGCGAUACCGCUACGAAUUACAGGACAGCCUUGUACAAGCUGGCAAGCAGUUGCAGAUGUUGCGUGAGUUGUCGAAUAAGCUCGGCUUCCAGUUCGAAGCGAAAGAGUACGCAUUUACGAAGGAGCACCAGCUUGAGUCUAAGGACUCUUCGGAGUCCCUCAGUGUGCCGCAGACCAACGGUACGCACGCGACAGCCGAUGGUGGCAGAAAGAAGAGAAAGAAGAAGCAGGCAGAUAAGUCUCCAAGCCGUGCUGCUGCAUCUACACCAAGGCUGGCACCUACGACCUUCCGCCCGGACAAUGUCUUGAACAUCGUGCCCAUGGUGAAGGAAGCAUCGCCGAAGAGUGUCCUCGCCGAGGAAGCGCUUGAGGCUGGUCGUAUGAGCAUUCAGCAAGAUCAGAAGGAGCUUGGCCAAGAGCUGCUCCUCGAGAGCUUGAGCUUGCACGAGCAGAUCUACGGUAUCCUGCAUCCGGAAGUGGCUCGUGUGUACUAUGCAUUGUCGACGAUGUACUACGGUUUGGACGAGAAGAACGCAGCAGUCGAACUUGCCAAGAAGGCUGUGAUUGUGUCCGAGCGCACACUUGGUGUGGACGAUGCCGAGACAGUGUUGGCGUACCUCAACCUCAGCUUGUUCGAGCACGCUAUCGGCAACACUAAGAACGCUCUUGCGUAUGUUAAGCAUGCGCUGGACCUGUGGAAGAUCGUCUAUGGUGUUCGUCACCCAGACUCGAUCACCACUAUCAACAACGCUGCCGUGAUGCUGCAGACUUUGAAGCAGUUCCACGAGUCACGGCUGUGGUUCGAGGCAUCGCUAGACAUCUGUGAGGACGUUGCUGGCAGACAGUCCAUCAACACUGCAACGCUAUUGUUCCAGCUUGCACAGGCGUUGGCACUGGACCAGGAUCCAAAGGCUGCGGUCGCCAAGAUGCGUGAGAGCUACAGCAUCUUCAAGGCUGAGCUUGGACCGGAGAACCAGAACACCAAGGAGGCCGAGAUGUGGCUCGAGACUCUCACACACAACGCUGUGAACCAAGCCAAGCAGGCGAAUAUCCUCCAGAACCGCCGCGUCUUGCUUUCCAGGAACGGCAGGACGUCACGAGUUGCUAUGGGCACGAGACCACAGCCUCCGGUAGGCCAGACAGCUGCAGCACCUGCCGUGCAGACUUCAGCAUCGACAUCAUCAGGCAGUGGCGGCAUCGAUCAGCGCAAUCUGGAUGAACUGCUCAAGUACAUCAACGGUGAGAGCAGCAAGCAGACGACGCCGAAGAAGAAGCCAACGAACCCGAAGAGGAGGCAGCAGAAGGCUUAA